AUGUCUGACGGAAUGACCCCCAAUGAGGCAAGCCCUACUGACAACAUCGGUGAUGGCCCUUCUCGUGCUCAAAGCAAUGCUGUUGCUGAGUCACCAUCUAGUGAGGAUAAGAAGCGAAAAGCGAACCCCCUCUCUAGAAAGAGUGAGGAGCUUGAAGCCUGGGAGGGGCCUGGCCUUAAGAGGAUCAAGAAACGACUGGAGGGGGUGAAAGAGGAGGACCUUCCCGAACUAGAGCCCCUGGAGGUUCUUGGCACAACAGUUCAAGCCUUAGUCGUGGCCAAGUUCGACCGGAGUUAUCUUCUUGAAGUCCAAAUCGGGCGAGAAAAGCUGCACGGGGUGCUGUACCAUGCGCCCCCGCCAGAGCAGAGCUACCCCUUCAUCCCGCCCCCAGUGAUGACCACCAGGCUGGCGCUGGAGGGGGGCCAAGUCGUGAUGAAAAAUCCCCCCAGAAAAGUGGCGGAAGAGAAGUUGAAGCGCGACAGAAAUGCGCCGAAGCUGGCGCGGACGUGUUACAACUUCUUCUUUACGGAGCGCGGCGAUUGGCGAGCAGUGGAAGAAGAUGACCGCCGAGGAGCGCAAGCCGUUCCAGGAGAUGGCGCAGAAGGACAAGGGGCGAUACACUACGGAGCUGGCGCAAUAUCGAGAGCGACUUGCACGCCUAGAGAGUUCUGCCGAGGAGACUCCGUAGCCGGAGUUGAGGCUGCACAGAGGUUGGAGAAGCACAAUUGGGGCACUCUUAAUCUUCAAAGAGACAAGGGGCACACCGAUCACGUCUCCAUCCGUAAAGGCCGUUUACGCCUUCAUAGUCGACGAAGCUGA